UGGGUUGUGUACCUCACACUGGGACGCGCGCUGGGGGAUCCGAUGACAUCACAAUCACACUAACACACAUGCUCGCCACUUCUAUCUCUCUCUCCUUCUCUCGCGACUGCCGCUUUUCUAUUCUGGGAAGCGGUGCAAGGAAUAACCCUGUCCCCCUUCCCGCCGGUCGCGAAGCCCCAGCCAUUGAGCCGAAACUGAUUUACUCACUUUCAUCUGUUCCUUAAACAAAGGCGCACCGCAUUCUACUCUCACAUCUGGCUCUUGCAGAAUCGAUCAGUGCAACUUCGCGAGAAUAACUUUCGCUUAAACUAUCACUUUGAAUCCAGUCUGACCAGGAAGCGAUUUAGGCUUUUGCAUAUAAGGGACUAAAGAAUAAAAACUAGACGCAGCGAAUAGAACACAACGCAGGUGUCUCGAGGCGCGCGUUUAAAAAUUUGACGCUCUUUUUUUUUUUUUUUAAACCUUACACAGCGUCUAAAAAACGCGUUGCUCCUGCGCGAGAAGCGGCUCAACGGUCUAGCGCGUGUUUGCAUAAGAAAAAUAAAUAACAAUUGGAAAACAGCGCAGACGGACGCAAAAAGGGUUCGAUGUGAACAAGGCGGUUGACAUUCUUGGAAUGUUGUGGACGUUCUGAAGUGGGCGGAUUUGAAAGCGUUCUGCCGGGUGUGUGAGGAGGGUGUGUACCUGGAUUAGAUUCCCAGGACUGUCAGGAGAAGAAUAUCAAGGUGCACCAGAGUGGUCUGCAUAAUCUCAGCACCCUGGCCAGGGGAUCCUUCUGGUCACUCCAUUGCCCAGUCUUUCCCUGCCUAAUCUAACUACCCAUAGAGGUUUGCCCUGAGUUCCCAAACCUGUCUGCCUGGUCGUGUCUUGCAAAGAUAUUUCCGACGUUGAAGAAUAGGAGGACGGUAAACAGCAGAGUAACAAGUUUGGAUAAAAAAAGUGAAUGGACUGUAAUAUGCUGAAUUGUUGAGUGAUGGAAGGAUAUUGGCCUGAUUGUCAAAGAAGGACAUAUUUUACACAUUAAGGAGGAGCAACACUUAAAAAAUGGAAGUAGAAGGACCUUUUGUUUAGUAGUCACUUUAGUAACUCAUCUGGCAUGACAUCUUACAUAAUUUCAGUUAAGUAACACCAUCUUAAGAAACCCCAUUGAAGUACUAAGAAAAAAAUGGAGCCACAUGGCACAACAGUUGGCCAAAAAUGCACCAAGGAGCAACGGGAAAAGAACCUCUUACAAAGAAAAUGGGUCUCUGAGCCCUCUGCUGGAACAAAAAGAAGUACUUUUGCAGAUCCAGAUGUUAAAAGACACUCACAUCGUGAGCAAAGUCUUACAAGUGGGACAGGCCUUGCUAGUUCAGCUCAAAAGUUUAGCUCUGGAAAGCUACUGUCAUCUCCACAGUCAUCGCAAGAAAGUCAGUUUCAACAGGUCUACCCUCUGCCUUACUCUUACCGGUUGCCACAUUCAUACCCACAGGAGCCUUUCCUAGGUGGUACAAAGCCACAGCCUGGUUUAGAGAGCCAUGCCUGGUCAUUUUCUGGUCAACUACCAUCUCUUCCACCAGAAGAUAUGUUUCCUGUACACUCCCACUCACAUGGAGUCUUUCCCCGUCAGAAAUCUCCAGCUGCUUUUGGACAGUUUCCCCAAUCUGGACCUGAGCAGCCAGAUGAAAGUCAUAAGAAGGAACAAAAACCCAAGAAGCCAGGAAAGUACAUAUGUCACUACUGUGGCAGGGCAUGUGCUAAACCCAGUGUGCUUAAAAAACACAUCCGGUCCCACACAGGGGAGCGUCCCUAUCCUUGUGUUCCCUGUGGCUUCUCAUUCAAAACCAAGAGCAAUUUGUAUAAACAUAGAAAAUCUCAUGCCCAUGCUAUAAAAGCAGGACUAGUUCCAUUCUCUGAGCUAGCAACUCGCACAGACACUGAUCAAGCAUCUUCAGUUGGAGAAGCAGAGGCACACUCUGAUGGUGAACAAAGCACUGACACUGAUGAAGAAACUGCAGAAGGUGCAAUGUUCCCUGAAAAACAUAGCCCACAAAUUUCAUUUGAGUCUGACAAGAGACCAAUGGAAAGGGGACCAGCAUAUGGAGAUCCAGCAGAGGAACUGUCUGUGGCAUCUAUGAAAGUGCCUAUAUUAAUUGUUCCAAAACAAGGGGUACCGUCAACAGCCACAGAGUGUCCCCAGUUCACAGAAAUUAAAGGUUCAUUUAUUGGUGGACAGAUGGACAGAGGAGAUGAGUCACAUACAGUUAAACAGAGACUUGCCUUAAGACUCACUGAGAAAAAGGACCAGGAUUCAGAGCAGUCUCAAAAUCUCUUGAGCCCCCACAGCAAAGGCAGCACUGAUUCUGGUUACUUUUCCCGCUCCGAGAGUGCUGAACAGCAGAUAAGUCCACCUAACACCAAUGCAAAAUCAUAUGAAGAGAUAAUGUUUGGAAGAACUUGGUACCACAGAACCAACUCCAGAAGUAGACAAUCAGUCACAGUUAAGAUGGCAACUAUUGGCAAUCAAGACACUAAUAUCAAUAUCAGCAAGUCUAGUGCCAUGCAGGAGUCGGCUAUGGGAAAGAUAUCAGAGGGCCGUGUAUUUUAUCAAAGUGAUUAUGCAGAAUCACAGUUAAUUGCUGGCUGUGACCCAAAGCAGUAUCAUUCUGGCUCUUGCCAAACCAAUGCAGGUCUUCUGGAAGCACCCUCUGAUUCAGGGCCACUUAUAAGGAGCAACUCAAUGCCAACACCUUCCCCUACCAACCUCAAUGUCCCACCAAGUCUAAGAGGGAGUCACUCAUUUGACGAGAUGAUGACCCAAAAUGAUGUUUUUUACACAGCAGGUCUGAAGAGGUUACAGAGGCAGGGUGCUUUUGAACACUCUACCCAAGAAGGGCAUGGAGAAUCAGAGAACUAUGGAAAGAUCACAGUCCCGAACUCAAGUUUAAAAAUGGGGGAGAGAGGUCCUGUGAUGCCAGAAUUCAAAGGUGGUACAAAAGAGUUUGCCACAAGAAAACGACGCCUGAAAAAGAGUGUUGGUGAAGAGGAAGAUUGCCAUGGACAAGAUGAUGGCAGUCAGGGUGGUUCUAUUGAAAUCGCAGGGGAUUAUGAAUUAAGACAAGGAAGUCAAGAUUCUUCAAAGGCUGCUCCUGCUAAUAAGGGAUCUAUGUUUAGAGCAUAUAGCCCCUCAGACAGUUUUGACAGAGGCCCAUGUAUGACUCCAGAAGAUGUGGUACUGGUUCAAGAUUCAGACACAAAGACUGCUGGUAAUGUAAUAUCUGUCAUUCAACAUACUAAUUCGCUUAGCCGGCCAAACUCAUUUGAGAAGACUGAAUCAAUUGAACAUCCAUUUUAUCAGCCAGAUAAACCUGCUGGCCAUUAUUCUGAGCAAUCAGACACAGAAAACAUUGAUGAGGUGCAUAUCCCCGAUUCUCAUCAUAGAUCAGAAAGCAUGGAACAUCAGCAGCAGGGUGACAAUGAACAUGGAUCUUUCUCUUCUAACUUUUUGUAUCAUAUGCCCCACAAACUUGUACGACAACCCAACAUUCAAGUGCCUGAAAUUAGAGUUACAGAAGAGCCUGACAAACCAGAAAAAGAACCUGAGGUACAAGUGAAAGAACCAGAGAAGCAUGUUGAAGAAUUUCAGUGGCCACAAAGGAGUGAAACAUUGUCCCAGCUUCCUGCAGAGAAGCUGCCCCCAAAGAAGAAACGCCUGCGUCUUGCAGAUAUGGAGCACUCUUCUGGGGAGUCAAGCUUUGAGUCGACUUGCACUAGCCUUUCAAGAAGCCCUAGUCAAGAAAGUAACUUAUCUCAUAGCUCAAGUUUCUCAAUGUCAUUUGACAGGGAGGAAAGCAUAAAAUCCCCAACUAAGCAAGACGACUUUGGUAAGCAGUCUGAGUUCUUAACUGUUCCAGGUAGUAGCCAUUCUUUGUCUAUACCAGGCCAUCAUCAAAGAGAAAUGCGACGCUCCUCAUCAGAGCAGGCACCCUGUGCUUUGCCCACUGAAGUACCAGAAAUCCGUAGUAAAUCAUUUGACUAUGGAAGUCUUUCAACUGGUUCAAGACAAGGAGAAGUAUAUGCAAGUGCUUCAGCUAUGAAGGAGCGUAGACGGGGCUACCUUGUUAGACAGGCAUCCCUCAGUGUCUAUCCUGAAGUAGUGGUUCAAGAGCCAAACUCAGAGUUAAAUAUCAAACAAGAGCAUUCUGACCACAAUUCCCAAGCUGCUUUAAUUGGUACAUCCUAUUCUGUAACCAGUGACUUAGCAAGACUCAGAAGAGGUACACAGCCAGUUCUUGGAUCACAUCACUUGCUGCAACAGAGCAUCAGCGAGGACAGCCUAUCAGAGGAUAAUUUCCAGAAAACUCCUCGUUUGCCUGCACAGCUUUCAUCUGAUAGUGAACAUUCAAUGCAUGAGCACAUGAGCCAUGACAUAAUUCAGCAUUCUUCACUGCAAAGCAACCUGACAUCCUCACCCUUCUUGCCAUUUCAAUCUAUGCUCUGGCAUCCUGAAUCAACACAAAGACACAAGCACCCUCUGGCUUUCCAGACACAUCAGUUACAGAAACUACAUAUCAAACAGCCAAAUCUACAGCCCAUGUUACAGAAACCACACAAACCUCCUUAUCAGAUUAAGGUGCAAACAGACUCAAAAAUAGAUGGGGCAAGUCAUAACUAUACAUAUCCCUUAAGAACCUCCCCACAGCAGCUUGGGGUCUUGUCAUCCAAAGUGCUUUCUACAAACUUCUUACAACAAGUUCAGCCUGUCUUUGCCACUCAAAAUGCAGGUCCACAGCCAGCACUCCCUGAAAUGCUGGUCCCAGUCAGGAUCCAGACAAAUGUGCCAUCUUAUGGAAGUGUUAUGUAUACAAGUGUUUCACAAAUCCUCGUUACUCAUGCUCAGAGUACAACGUCUAUCAGAGUUAUAUGCACAGACAAUGCUUCUACUGCUUCACUAACAGGCACUGCAUCAAAGCACCAAGUAGGGAUUAAUUUAUCCAAAAUCUUGGGACAUUCAGGAGGGUCCUUACAUUUACCAGUAUGGAAAGUUCCUGAAUAUUUACAUGGGACUCUUAAUACUGGAAUUCCUCUGUCUUUGACAUCAGGAACUAUCUCUACUACAGAUGCCUCCUCUAGUAUCGGGGGGAGUAAGAGAAUGUUGUCACCAGCCAGCAGUCUUGAGCUCUUUAUUGAAACCAAACAACAAAAACGGGUCAAGGAAGAAAAGAUGUAUGGCCAGAUAGUGGAAGAGCUUAGUGCAGUUGAGCUGAGCAAUUCCAAUGCACCAAAAGAUGAUGACAAGUCCCCUAAACCUGAAUUUUCAAAGAGAGGAUGCUCUGUAGAUGAACAAGAGAGAAUGUCCUCGUCUCCGCCUACUGAUUUUUUAUCCUCUAAACCUCUUGGGUAUACUCCUCAUUUACCUGAUGUGCCACCAAAAGACAGCUUCAUCCCACCUUUGCAAAUAAUUACAAAUGUGACUAAUAGAGCAGAUUCCCCAGAAGAGCUUGAUGUAGAUGAGUCAACCCCAGAGGCAAGCUCAAGCCCACUGUCAGUGAUCUCAAGUGACACACAAGAAGAAUCCAAUCAGACUAAGUUCCCUGUAAACAUGCUGACACAACUAGCUGCGAAUCAGGGUGGUGGAGUUUUGGGUAGCACUCUUGUUCUCACUGACUUGGCAGAUGUCCAUCAGUUUUUUCAAUUUCCAAGUCUUUGCACACCAACCAGUGUCAGCUGGUGCUUCCUAAAUUAUACUAAGCCAAAUUACGCACAGACAACUCCUUUAACCUCUGUGUAUGGUUCUUGGUGUGUCAGCUCUUAUAACCCCAACCCACUCAACCUCAGCACCAAGGCGACCCUGGCACUUCUUCGCUCCAAACAGAGGAAGAAUACAGAGAUGUAUACAAUGGCUUCUAUGCAUCAACCUGGCACUGGAAAACUUGUUUCGUCCCUGUGGUGGAAACAGAAGUUUGAGCAGUUGAAGCCAGCGCUUAUACAGCUGGAUGUUGGAAAGUUUGGGAAGAAAAUCAAGGGAAUCUGUUCAAGAGACAGGGGAAAAGAAGACCAUGGAGAGAAAGAAGCUUCUUCAAAGCAGGCUGAACCCACCCGCAUCAAAAUCUUUGAAGGAGGGUACAAAUCCAAUGAGGACUAUGUUUAUGUGCGUGGUCGAGGCCGGGGAAAGUACAUCUGUGAGGAGUGUGGGAUCCGUUGUAAAAAGCCAAGCAUGCUGAAGAAACAUAUUCGCACACACACAGAUGUCAGGCCAUAUGUCUGCAAGUUCUGCAACUUUGCUUUUAAAACAAAGGGAAACCUUACCAAACACAUGAAGUCAAAAGCUCACAUGAAAAAGUGCUUAGAGCUCGGAGUGUCAGUGACAUCUGUGGAUGAGGCAGAUGCAGAAGAACAAGACACCACUGAGGAAGUCCACAGAUCAUCGGAAAAGAUUGGGAUGUCAGAGAUAAUGGCAGAGCACCAAUUCUCUGAUGCUGAUGACUCAGAGGGAGCUGAGGAGGAUGGUGAUGAAGUUGAUGAAGAUGAAGAUGAUGAUGAUGAGUAUGACGGUGAUUCAACACCGAAGACACAGUCUCGAAGCACAAGCCCACAGCCAUGUGCCAUCCCAUCACUCUCAAUCACUGCAGUUGCUGCUUCACAAGAAUCCACCCCAGAGCCUCUUGGCCCUCCCUGUAAGCAGCCUCUUUCCACUUAUUUCACUAGCUUGCCCAGUAUUCAGAUCACCCAACUGAUGGCACCCAGUGAGAAAGCUGGAGAUGCCCAAAUGGCAGAAUACCGGAAACUCCUUCAAGGGGCUCUGGGUGAAGAUCAUAAAAACAGACUGGAUGAAGACCUUGCUCUCUCUCCAGAACACAGCUCAUCCUCUGACUUUUCCCCCUCCCAUUUGUCUUCACCUGGCUGUGAUUCCUCCCCUCUCAGAGAAAGUUCACCUUCCUCAAGGAGGUACCUUUCCCCUCGUAGGGACCUCUCCCCACGUGGUCGUUUGUCACCGAGGCGAGAAGUGUCUCCCCUUAGGCAUAUCUCCCCUAGGCGGGAUAUUUAUAGAAGGGAUCUUUCACCAAGGAGGGACCUUUCUCCAAGGGGGCAUCUCUCCCCUAUCUCCCAGACAGGACGGCCAACUUCCCCAGGAAGGGAUCUCUCAGGCAGACUCUCUCCCAGAAGCCGCCACAGGGGGAUGAUCAGACCUGUGUCCCCCAGGAGGGGUCUCCCUUAUCAAAGUGGCUCAUGGGCACCCAGCCCUAGUCCACAUGCAGAGUUGAUGUCAUUAAGCCAAAAGACCAAAAGCCAUCUAGAAUUAGAGAUGGACCAGAGAAAGACGCCUCAACUCCAAGGGGAUGCUCGAAACACAGAUGCCCCAAGCAUACACCAGGGAUUAUUCAGCCACCUUCCCCUGCACUCCCAGCAACAAAUCCGCACACCAUUCUCCAUGAUACCCAUUGGCGGCAUCCAGAUGGUCCAUUCUGUGCCCACUUCUGUCACAGGCCUCGCCCACCCCACCAGCCUUCUCCUGCAGAAGAGCACCUCAGAAGAGUCCAGCACCAGUGAGGUGUCUUUCCACCUUUCCGAGGGCAGAUGGGCCAGUAGCAGAGGCCCAGAAGACUCACCCCAACCACAAGAGAAGUCUGUGUCCCCCAAGGCUCCAUCACCUUACUCACAAAAGUCAAGAGAGGACAGCGCAGACAUGUCUAACAAGGAGAGCAAGCAAGAAGAGUGCAUCCAAACAUGCACUAAGGCAAUUGCCUCUCUUUGUAUUGCCUCGGAGGAAACUCCUGAAAAAUCAUUGGUUCCAAUCGAUCCUUUCCAUCAGCACACAUUAUCUCAUUCACCCACGGCUCAGCAAGAGAGUAUACCAACCAGAGCGCAGCACUAUUGCAGCUCUGAGAUCACUCACCCUUUACACUCCAGGGCAGAGAGCAGUAUGUCUGCCACAUCAAAGACUCACACAGUAAGCCAUCCUGCUCUCUACAAUACAGAGGCAGCAGAGAAAGCGUCUGGCCAACAGGGGUGUGGAGAGAGGCCAACGACCAUAAAGAAAGGCAAGGAUUUAAAAGACACUAUAAACAACAGGUGAACAAUGUCAAAGGGACAGUGGUAAAUUAUGCUCACACAUUUUAUAUUUACACAUACACCGAUGCACGCACGCACACACAUAUAUAAAUUCAGUCUAUAAACAAGUGAACUGAUUCAAUAUUCAGUGGUUUCAAUGUACAUGUAUAGCAUGCCUUUUAUACCACGGUUUGCUAUCUCUGCUAUAAAUAAUUUCUUAUUUAAAGUUUCAAAGAAUAUACAUAUAUGUUAACUUAUAUACAGUAUGAGCCUGACCAAAAUUGAUAAUGAACUUUAUCUGGUACUUUUAAAUGUACAGAUGUGUGUGCCUUUUCUUUACUUUUUGCUUAUAAACUUAUAAGCAUUAAACAGGAAGACAUGUAAAUAUAUCAAGUUUUGUGUAUCUGCUUUGUAAUAAAUGCAAUUUACCAUCUUUUUGGACACAUAAGUCUGAAUGAUGUGAAGUAUCAAUACAUGUAAGGUUGCACUAAAACAUAUUUUUAUAUGAGUGAAUUUAAAUGGCUUUUAUGUACAGCAGCAAUUCUAUAAUACUAUUUAUUGUAUCAUGUUUCAUAAAUUGUAAAUUUUUCUUAAUGUGGUGGAUGCCUUUUCUAUGUAAAGCAUGGGUCUAGCUAUUGCAUAGAUUAAAGAUAAUGUACAUGUAAUAUGGCUUUAUAUAUUAGAAGUAUGUGUGCGUAUACUUCUCAGUAAACUCGCUUUUACUAAGAAUUCAAUAUAAUUUAAGUAAUGUUUAUAUUGUAUAUCUAGUAUAUAGAAAAACAAUAUAUCUGCACAUGUUUAAGAUUGACACCCACUUACAGUAUGGUAGUUGGUUCUAAAUGCUUGUACCCUUCUCUUUACUAUUGGCAGGUAGGCUACACUAGUUGUGAUUUCACUGUUCACAUUUUACAUGUAGAACUGUUAAGCAUUAAGUGAAUUGACUUUCGUACUUCUGCAUUUCUUCCAGAGCUUACUGAGGUAGAUGUGAAAGGUAUUUUGAUCUUCUGUGAAUUAUGUUGCUUGAAGUACAUGACCUGUUGAUUAGUAUGGGGUACAUUCCAAAAGAUGUAAAUAUUAAAUGCAAACAUUGAAGGAGUUUGUCAUGGGCAAUAUCAUCAGUCCACAAACACUUUUAUAAUUGUACAUACAUAAACUCCAAUACUGAGAACUCCUAAAUUGCACCUUAUGUUUCCAAAACCUUUGCAAAGAAUCCCAAAUUAUAUCACUUUAGGAACUGGGAUUGGAAAUAUAUAUAUUUCUUUUCUUUUCUUUUUUUUUUUAAAUUUGAAAAAAGUUGAAGCAACCUAACUAAACUGGAGUAUGGAGCCAGUGCACUCUUGUGUGUAUAUCUGUAUUUUGUAUUGUGUGUAUAUGAUAUAUGUAAUUUACUCUGACAUUUUUGUCAAUAGUAACUGCUAUUCACUUAACUGUAUUAACAUGUCUUUAAAACCUAAGGUAUCAAAAGCACAAAUCAUUGUAUUGAAACAAACAAAAAAUAAAAAAAUAAAUAAAAGAGGAACAUAAUUAAAAAUAAUACAAAUAAAAGGUAACUUUGUGAUGUUCAGUGAAAAAUCUAUAAUAUAUACAACCUCAGUUUUGACAAUGAAUCACAGCACAGCUGAAAAAAAUACAAAUUGCUGUUUUCAAAUAAAAACAAUUAUGGUAAA